CGGCCGCCGCCCCCAUCGCCGGCCCCUGCAUGCCCGGCGCCCGGGUCGCAGCCCACCUGGACGCUCUGGGCCCCCUGGUCUCCUACGUGCAGCCACCGCUGCUCCCCUCUAUGUUCUACGUGGGCCUGUUCUUCGUCAAUGUGCUGAUCCUCUACUACGCCUUCCUCAUGGAAUACAUCGUUCUCAAUGUGGGCCUCGUCUUUCUGCCCGAGGACUUGGACCAGGCGCUGGUGGACCUUGGUGUACUCUCAGACCCUGGCUCUGGCCUUUACGAUGCAGACUCAGAGCUCGACGUCUUCGAUGGAUAUUUGGAAUAAGGUCUUGAUUACUGUUCCCCACUUGCCUUCCGCCAUCCACAACUCUUGACCUGGACCAGCCGCCUGUAUCAUGCCGCUGCCACUGGCUGGGGGCACCAUCUGGACAGGGAUGGGACCCCAGGAAGAGGCCCGGCUCAUGAAAAUCUGCCUUGUUGAGAGAACAAAGUGUUGGACCUCCCUGCAUGGUGACUGGUCCAUGAACAUCAACCAUUGUUAUGACAGGUAAGUGCAGUCUGGAAUCAUCUGCCCUCACUUGCCUUGUCCAUUAAUAUUCAUGUCCCAUGACC